CCCUUAGUAAAAUGACAGUGACAUUGACAGGCGUUGGCAACGUUGAUUGUUUUACUGUUUUCCAUUUACUAUAAAAAUAUUUGGAUGAUAAAGAAUGUAAAUAUAGCACAGAAUUUUCGAAAUUUCUACGCGAUUGGUUUAUUUAUAAAGAUCGUGAAAUACCUUAAGUGUAGCUCUAAGGCAUAUUAGAAAAGGGAUUGUGUAACAGCUCCAUUUAAAAGAUUAUAAAGAAGAGAAUGGCAUCUGUACCGCCACCUCCUUGUGACUGGCAAACGGCGAGGAAGAAAGUCAAAGAACGCGGUCAAUAUUUACUAGACAGUGGGAUAUGGAGCGAUUGUCGAUUUAUUGUCGGAACCGAACCUCAUCAGCAAGUGUUCGAAGGGCAUAAACUGUUCCUUGCCAUGUCCAGCCCUGUCUUUGAGGCUAUGUUUUAUGGUGGCAUGGCAGAAAAGGAUCCCAUCGCCAUUCUCGAUGUUCAACCUGAUGCUUUUCGCGCGUUACUUGAGUAUAUCUACACGGAUCGAAUUAAUCUAUCAUCGUUCGAUCAAGCCUGUGAGUUAUGUUAUGGCGCGAAGAAAUACAUGUUACCACAUUUAGUUGAAGAAUGUACCAAGUAUUUGUGGUCAGAUUUGUAUCCAAAAAAUGCUUGUAGAGCGUACGAGUUUGCUAAGUUAUUUGAAGAGCCCAUUCUAAUGGAAAAGUGUUUAAAUAUUAUUAGUAAUCAGACCCAAGAAGUAUUAUCAGAGAGUAGCUUCGACGAUUGUGAGCUCACAACCAUAUUGACAGUGUUUGAUCAAGAUGUACUUAAUAUUCAGUCAGAGUUGGAGCUCUUUACUGCUGUUAGUAGAUAUUCAAAUCGUUACACUCAAACUUCAGGUGCGAAAGUACCUAGACUAGAUGGUAUAGCAAACGUCUCCCACGAACCAAACGUACGUGAUCCUAAGCUGCGAGAUGCGCUGAUGAAAAUAAGAUUUUUGACACUCACUCCUCAAGAGUUUGCUGAAGGCCCGGCUGCCUCAAACUUGCUGACCGAAUCGGAGAAGUUUGCUAUUCUUAUGAAUAUAUCUUCACCAACUACUACAGUACCCAUGCCACCUGGAUUUUCGACUUGUCGAGUUCAGAGAUUACACAGCAGGAAUCCUCGUCAGUAUGAAACACUUUUUGCGGGUUCAUCUUCAAUGGAUACAUCUCGUACAUCAAUGAUAAAAUUUUACAAUCAAAGGGGAAAUGUAUCAGACUUUACAGAAGAGGGCGGUAGUGAGUUGGCAAAAAAGUUAUACUGUACACGCGUUCCGCUUUGCUUAACUGACUGUAUGAACACUAGCGUAUUGGAUUGUGCUGUGACAUUUACUUGCGAUCGAAAUGUUUGUAUCUUCGGUAUCCAAGUUCCAGCACAAGACUCUAUCGACGAUGAUCGACAACAUAAUAUUUCAUACACCGAAUUAUUGUAUGCACACCUACUUGAUGCUGAUGGUAGUCGCCUAACUUACACACACUUCACCAGCCGUGUUUCAUGCAGAUCUCUAAUUGAUAUUUCGUUCAAUCGACCAAUAUACAUUCAGAGAAAUAAGGUGUACAAGGUAGGUGUUGUAUUGCACAAAACAGGACUUUAUCCUGUUGGUUCAUACCCUAAUCAAUCAAUGUGCAAUGGAGUUGUCUUCACCUUUGGUCAAGGUCAAACUGGUGAUUCAGUGAGGGAUGGAUUAAUUCGUUCUAUCAUUUUUUCUAUGCCGGUGAAUCAGAGUACCAGCAGCAGUCAUACAUCGUACGGAAUUUCAGGAGGACCUUCCGAGCAUAACAAAUUCCCUUAAUUACGAUGAUAAUAUUUUAUUUAUAGGAAUAAUGUGUUAGACUUUCACGGACAGGGUCUACACUGAUGUUUUCUUUCAAGCUCUGGUCUUAAGCGAGGAGAAAUUCAUUAAUAGGAUUAAUGUUUAUUCAUAUGUAUUACAAUUUAUUUUUAAUUGUCUGUGUAUUUAUGAAAUACAACUCAUUUUAAAAAAA